AUGCCUAUUAACAUCCACAGCUCCAACUCAGUCCUGAUGGAGGGAUCAGAAGUUACUCAUCAGCAACAUCACGGAGAACGCGUUUACAAAUGCACAAUCAUCUACUCCGAAUACGAUUGUUGGAAGCAACCUCGCAAGCCAGUGCGACAAGGAUCAGGAGUCUGGCUGAUACUCAAGGACAUCGCCCUUGGUCUCGUCGUAUGUUCGGGGAUUAUGUUCUUGUCCCUCGUAACCUGGUUCUUCCCAAUGCGCGACUUCAUUACGAAGAAUCUUUUUGACCCCGAGACCCGGUCCAUAUUUUGGGCAUGGGUGAAGAUCGAUGUCUGGUGCUUAGUUGUGACCCUCUGGCUCGGAAAGGUCAUGUUCAAUUACUGGGAUGUGGUAAUGCUGGUUGGAAUCAUAAUAUUCAGCAAAUCCAUUGUUGCCGGAAAAGCCAUCCUAUCCACAGUCGUUUUCGUCCUGAGAUUGCCAGUAAUUCCGAUGAAGUGGCUUAUGAAGGCCAUACUCAACCUAUGGCGCCGACUCUCAAAUCGACCCAAAGCAAGCACAAGUCAACCGAUUGGUGGAAGUUCUCUUGCUCCUUAUCGUGAGGGCACUGUGUUUCUGGUUUUCCGAGCAGUUGAUCCAAGCAACAAUGCUGACAGCUUGUACUCGGUUUGGGAAAUGAGCGACGAGGAUGAGGAGUUGAUGUGA